AUGGAGCCGCAGGGCAAGGGCCGCAAGAUUGGGAUGGCGGGGCAGGGGCUGCAUGAUCAGGCUGAUGGGGAUGGGGCCACAGGGAGGCCGACGGGCAGGGGCCACAGGGAGGCCGACGGGCAGGGGCCGCAGGGUCCGAUCGGUAGGGUCAGGGCGACUGCGGGCGAGACAAGGCCGGGGCUGCUAGCUCGAGGCCGCAGCAUAGGAGGCACCGACGUGGUCGGGGUGGUUGUGGGUGAGGCGGGGCCAGGGUGGUGGGCUCAGGGCCGCAGCGUAGGAGGCACCAACGGGGUCGGGAUCGGGGUCGGGGCGGCAACGGGCGAGGCAAGGCCAGGGCUGCUGGCUCAGAGCUGUGGCAUAGGAGGCACCGAUGGGGUCGAGACGGCCGCAGGUGAGGCAGGGUUGGGGCGACGAGCUCGGGGUCGUGGUGAAGGAGGCACCGGCAAGGUUUGGGCGGCCGCGAUCGGGGCAGCUGGCUCUUGA